AUGAGCUCGCAAUCUUCCAAGCCCCGCCGAACCUCGACUGUUCUCGACCCGUACGCUGCACCGCACGUCUACUAUGGCGAGAGUCACUCGAAGAAGCAUGCCAGAGCCAGGACCUACUCAGCCAACGUAGACAAUUCCACGCGUAAUGCUCCAUUGGCCGAGGGCGCCAUUGCUGGUCGUCGCAUCAGUCACGAUGAAAUCUCCCUGCAGCCUCGCCGCUUCAAGAUAAACGUUGAGGAGACGCUCCACCAGCUUCUCACCCGUGAAGAUUCGGACGGCAACUACCAGAUCACAAUCGACGACAAGGGUCCCAAGACUAUUUCUCUUGGUACGCUCGGCUCCAAUGCCUUCAAGAAGCACGACGUCCGCGGCACCUACAUGCUCUCGAACCUGCUCCAGGAGCUCACACUCGCCAAAGACUACGGCCGCAAGACCAUCGUGCUCGACGAAUCGCGAUUGAACGAGAACCCCGUAAACCGCCUGAGCCGCCUCAUCCAGUUCUCCUUCUGGGACGGCCUCACCCGCCGCAUCGAUGGCUCCAACAUUGCGAAGGUCGGUGUCGACCCCAAGGACUGGACAGACGACCCACGGCCGCGUAUAUACAUUCCUCAGGGCGCGCCUGAGCAGCACGAGUACUACACCCGCAUUGCUCGUGAACACCCCGAAAUGCGUCUCGACGUCAUCUGGCUGGACAAGGACUGCGACAACGACGAUUACGUGCGCGACUUGAACAAGGCACCCGGCCUGCUCGCCAUUGCCAUGGAGGAAUGGAUAGAUCCAGAGACGAAGAAGAAGGACCUGAGAGGCCUGCCUUUCGUAGUCCCUGGAGGCCGUUUCAACGAGCUUUACGGAUGGGACAGCUACAUGGAGUCGCUUGGUCUCCUCGUCAACGAUCGCGUCGACCUGGUCAAGUCCAUGGUCAUUCACUUCUGCUUCUGCAUCAAGCACUACAACAAGAUUCUCAACGCGAACCGUACAUACUACCUCUGCCGAUCCCAGCCACCCUUCCUCACCGACAUGACUCUGCGAUGCUACGAACGCAUCAAGCACGAGCCUGACUCCAAAGAAUUCCUGCGCAACGGUAUCCUUGCUGCCAUCAAGGAAUACCACUCGGUUUGGAUGAGCGCGCCGCGCUUAGACCCUGUCACUGGACUCACCAGGUACCGACCUGGCGGAAGAGGCGUGCCACCCGAGACCGAGGCCAGCCAUUUCCACCAAGUCUUGAUGCCGUAUGCCGACAAGCAUGGUAUGACAUUUAAGGAAUUCGUCGAUGCAUACAACAACGGAAAGGUCAACGAGCCUGAGCUUGAUGAUUAUUUCCUACAUGACCGCGCUGUGCGUGAAUCCGGCCACGACACCUCCUACCGUCUGGAGAGGGUCGCAGCAGACCUCGCCGUCGUUGACGUCAAUGCGCUGCUCUACAAGUAUGAAGUCGACAUUGGUCGAUGCAUUCGCAACCAUUUCAACGACAAGCUCGAAGUUCCAGAGGGAUUCCGCACUGGCGACAUGAAGCCUGGUCAUAUUGAGACUUCUUCCACAUGGGAGCGCCGCGCUAGAAAACGCCGCGUUAAUGUGGACAAGUAUCUCUGGGACGAGGAGGCAGGCAUGUACUUCGAUUAUAACACUGUCAAGCAACAACGCACCGGUUAUGAGAGUGCCACUACUUUCUGGCCCAUGUGGUCCGGUCUCGCCACUCCCCGCCAAGCUAGCAUUCUUGUCGAGAAGGCUUUGCCUAAGCUGGAAGCCUUCGGAGGACUUGUUUCGGGUACAGAGAAGUCGCGCGGCAAAACUGGGCUUGACCGCCCCAACCGUCAGUGGGAUUAUCCAUUUGGUUGGGCGCCGCAGCAGAUGCUUGCCUGGGUCGGUAUGCAGCGAUACGGCUACGAUGCGGAAGCCCAGCGUCUGGCCUACCGCUGGCUCUUCAUGGUCACCAAGGCAUUUGUUGACUUCAACGGCGUUGUCGUUGAGAAGUACGAUGUCACAAGGAAGAUCGAUCCUCACAAGGUUGAGGCCGAGUACGGUAAUCAAGGCAGCGACUUCAAGGGUGUUCCUCGCGAAGGCUUCGGAUGGGUCAACGCAAGUUACAUUUACGGUCUCACGCUACUCAGCGCACACCAGCGUCGUGCUCUCGGUGCCUUGACCGAUUGGGACAGCUACGCCAAAGCCAUGGAGGACCUUGGCAUGAUGUAA